UUGAAUGUCACGAUAAACUACUAAUCUCGGGAUUGACUUGACAAACUGUCCUAAUUUUCCUUUCUUUGUAUUUUUUGAUACCUUGACAAUCCGUCCACUUGAAUUGGAAAUUAGAGUAAACUUUCCAAAUCACAAAAAUUAAAUAAAACAGUCACAGUAUCCGGCAAGAUUAAUAGAAACAGCAGAUGAUAUUGACCAUGACUGCAAAUCACCAUACCAAUUGUCCUCAAAGAGAACUAGAAAGGAAUAUCUAUGGUCUAGAUUAGGGGUAAAAAUACAAAGAAGUGCAUCACUUUUUCCCUUUGGAAUUUAAUGUGAAAAAUUAAAGGCUACUGAGCUAUGUCUAGGUUGAUAAAUCAAUCUACCGAUAUGUGCCGAAAGAACCAAUAAGCCCAAAGGACAUAUAACCACAGGAAAAUUACAGGAAUCAACUUUUUGGCUUGGGAUAAGAUACCCUGAUCACUAAAUUAAAAACCAAUUAGCCCAAAGGACAUAUAACCACAGGAAGAUUACAGUAAUCAACCUUUUGACUUGUGAUAGUUAAUGUCUCAUAACCAUCUUUAUAAUUAUAACAGCCACAAGAUGGAGAACAAUCAAUAUACAUAAAAGAAUCAAUGUCACAUCUUGUAAUCUUAUGCACAACAUCUCAAUCAAAUCUCUUGAAAGAGCAUACCUACGACAGCAUAAUACCUUUUGCAUCCUGACACACAUAACGUGCUCAAGAUAUGGGAAAUAACUUAGCAAGCUUCUGGUAGAAGAAAAUUACCCACCUUUCCUUUUGCAUCCAAAAUUAGACAUGGUAUAAGAGCAUUAUGAACGAGGGUCGAUACAAGAACUGAGAAGGCAAUAGUUACCUUCAACCAAUAGCCAUCAUGAUUUCACUCACAGAUGCCUACCAUGUUGUGGCAGCAACUGUCCCGUUGUAUGUUGCCAUGAUCUUAGCUUACAUAUCCGUGAAAUGGUGGAAGCUGUUUACACCGGAUCAAUGCUCAGGCAUCAACAAGUUUGUUGCGAAGUUCUCAAUCCCACUAUUGUCCUUCCAAGUGAUCUCUACAAACAAUCCAUACAAAAUGAACAUGAGACUAGUAUGUGCUGAUUUCUUGCAAAAGCUUUUCGCCUUUUCUGCAUUGGUCGUAAUCAUGAAAAUCAGAUCAAGAGGAAACCUCAGUUGGAUCAUCACUGGGCUCUCUCUGUCAACACUACCAAACACUUUGAUCCUGGGGAUUCCAAUCCUGAGAGCUAUGUAUGGGGAUGAAGCCGUUGUACUCCUUACCCAGAUAGUUGUAUUACAAAGCAUCGUUUGGUACAACGUAUUGUUGUUUCUGUUCGAGGUCAACAUGAUAAAGCAAGAUUCUUUGACAGCACCCACAGAAGGCACUGGAGAGAUGGAGGCCCAACAAGAAGCACAACAACAAGAGGGAGGGCGAGAAGCAAAAAAUACAACUCCCAAAAGAACAAAGUUUAUGCCUGUUCUUCUGACAGUUGGGAAGAAGCUUAUUACCAACCCCAAUACUCAUGCAACGGUGUUGGGUCUUAUUUGGGCAACAAUACACUUCAGGUGGGGAGUGCAAUUGCCCAAGAUUAUGGCUCAAUCAAUAUCUAUAUUGUCAGAUGGAGGUCUUGGGAUGGCAAUGUUCAGCGUAGGUCUUUUCAUGGCAUCGCGUGCCAAUAUAAUAGCUUGUGGAACUCGAAUGGCAGUACUAGCCAUGGCGGUGAAGUUUAUUGCAGGCCCUGCCCUAAUGGCAGUGUCCUCCAUUGCUGUUGGAUUAAGAGGGACAUCGUUUAGAGUGGCAAUAAUGCAGGCAGCUCUUCCUCAAGGAAUCGUUCCUUUUGUGUUUGCAAAAGAGUAUAACAUACACCCAGACAUCUUGAGCACAGGGGUAAUCUUUGGCAUGCUCAUCUCCCUGCCCAUAGCAUUGGCCUACUAUUUCUUGCUUGCAAUUUAAGUCAAGGCACUUAUACCGGAUUGUUAAAAGUUACCAUCCAUAUACAAAGCUCUUUGCUACUACCAAGAGCAAUCGUCUACCAAAGAAGAUAUAUCAGUUUAAUGUAAGUAUUGAACACAUGCAAACAGAUUCAUGGAAAUUUAAUGCUUCAAAUCUGGAUUGUCAUUUA